ACGAACUUGAAUUGACGUAGAGCGAGCAAUUUGUUCGUUUACGUGAUCUGUCUUUCAACCGACGGUUCUUUUCUAUUUCGUUUUCUUCCAUCACCACUGUGAACCUUUGUUGCUUCCGCACUUUAACCUCUCAGCAACCUACAACUAUUACUUCCCAUCAGAUUUCGGAGCGCAGCUAGGUGAUCCUCAUGCGCGUUAGGUUCUGGAUUGCAUGUGGGUGCAUAUCGUCUCCAUUCAAUACCCCCUCCCCCGGACCGUGGAUUUUGCGAGGCCGUUCGUUCUUCGCUUUACCUGGACCACCAAAACACAACCCGUGAUCGCGCCAGUACGCCAGAAGCAACAAGUAUCUCCCGCCGGGACUUUUCUGGUGCCUAUACGUGUGACGAGAAGGUUACAUCGGUUGUCUUUAUCUGUUAUCCACGGACCAAGGAUCACUCCUCCUUCCCUCAAAUUCUUGUCUAGACCUCUUCAUUAUAUGGACCAUGAUUGUUCGAUAUUAGCUUGGGGAAAUUUUGUCGCAACGAACGAACCAAGGCCGAACAAAUCCCACCGCCUCAGAACUAAAAAAUCCCCAGAGUCCAUUCUUCAUUUCCCCAUCCUUACCUCAAGUGGACGCGCUUGGACGGGAAUUGAUCCCAGGAACCGCUUCCGCCGCGAGAUACGCAGGCUGUGUUUCCAGGAACAUGCAUGCAAGCGGGUUUGUUGACCGCACCCCCUCACGACCAAACAACUCUUCUCUCUCCCUCUUCUUCCGAAAAUUCCGGAUGCAGACGCCUAUAGUCCAGCUUGAAGUGGCACAUUGUUCG